CCGACUGGGUAACACGAAACCUGGGCUACGAUCCAACGACAGAACUCAAAGGACCUUUUUGAGGAUUUAUAACAAAUAAGAAUAUAGCUUAUUUACAAGUUAUAUUCUUAAUAAUUGAACAAUGGACGAGUAAUCCCCCUCAAAGAUAUGUAAUUUUACACAGAAGAGGGGAAUUGUGACAGUAACGGUACUCAGUAGAAUUUAUUUAUUGAGACUUGUUUUGGUGCGUGUGUAUAGCUGUAUACGCUUACAUUUUGUGGAAAUUGGACACCUCUUGAAUAUUUUCCACAGUAUUUACGUUUUUGGGAGUAUUGAAUUUUUUUGUAGCAAAGGCAGCUGAAAGCUGAAAUCAGCCAACUCGAGGGGUCGCAGACUUCAUUUUGUUCUAGAAUUUUUUUUUUCUAAAAGACGCUCUUAUUGGGAUGUUGAGCUCAGUGAAGAUGGAGUCCCAUGAAAUUCCAGAAUGGAAUGCCUUCUACAAUGAAGCGAGUGAGAUGUACCCCUCGCCCACUGCAAUGAACACCAGUCUGGGUGCCAUGAAUACCAUCAACAGCUAUAUCAACCUGAACUCGGCUGGUUCCACCGCGGCCAUGAGCAUGGGCUACCCCAGCAGCGCUCUCAACAGCAGCCCUCUGGCCACCAUGGGUGGGAGCGCCAACCACAUGAGCUUGUCCCCAGUCGCGUCCUCCCUCAACCCAAGCUCCCUCACCCAGCUGGGCUCUCCGGCGCCCUCCCUAGGCUCCCUCCCCCACUACCAGAACAUGGGCCAGCCCAUGGGUCAACUGGGCUACCCCUCCCCGACAUCUCUCAACCGGGCUAAAGAGAUGCCCAAGCCCUACCGCCGAUCCCUGACCCAUGCCAAGCCGCCCUACUCCUACAUCUCCCUCAUCACAAUGGCCAUCCAGCAGUCCAGCAGCAAGAUGCUCACCCUCAACGAGAUCUACCAGUGGAUUAUGGACCUCUUCCCCUACUACCGGGAGAACCAGCAGCGCUGGCAGAACUCCAUCCGCCACUCGCUAUCCUUCAACGACUGCUUCGUCAAGGUGGCCCGCUCCCCCGACAAGCCCGGAAAGGGCUCCUACUGGGCCCUGCACCCCAACUCGGGCAACAUGUUCGAGAACGGCUGCUAUCUGCGCCGCCAGAAGCGCUUCAAGAUCGAGGACAAGGCCAACAAGAAGGGCGCGGGGAAGUCCCAGGAGGCGGGCAAGGGCGCGCACCAGGAGAGCCUGCAGGAGCAGCACAGCCCCACCCCGGGCUCAGAGGGGGCGGACUCGGCCCACUCUGACAGCUCCCACCCGGGCUCCGCCUCUGAGGAGCAGCAGCAGCAGCAACAGCAGCAGCAGCAGCGGAGCCUGGCCCAGCUGGAGUGCCCUCAGCCCCUCGCCCAGAGCUCCACCUCCAUCUCCUCGGCCCUGUCCUCCGCCACCUCCUCCGUCGCCCACCUCCAUUCCCAGCCCGUCGGGGGCGGCCACCUCCUCCCCAGCGCCAUGCACCACCUGGACCUCCAGAACGACCCCCUCAAGUCCAUGGACCCCCACUACAACUUCAACCACCCCUUCUCCAUCACCAACUUGAUGUCCAACGAGCAGAAGAUGGACCUCAAGUCCUACCAGGACCAGGUGAUGGCCUACAACGGCUAUGCUGCUGCCUCGCCGGUGGCCGCCAAGCAGAUCUACGACAGUGCUGGGCCAUCCUCCAUCGAUUCGGGGGCGUACUACCAAACCUUGUACAGCAGGUCAGUCCUUAAUGCCUCGUAACAUCGCUAGCCUAUGACCCAGAGUCAGCUGGUGCUGUCAAAGGAAUCCAAAGGGUGCAAUUGGGUCUUCUCCCACAAGAGGAACUACUGGUGACCUGAAAGAGAAAGGAUGGAAAUGCCAGCUAAAUAGCCCCACUAGAAACCCUUACAGUUACAGCGAAACCCCACAUGAAAACUGAAAGGUACAAAACGAGUCAAACAUAGCCCCAAGACCUCUGUCAAGGAAGAAAAUGAAUAAUUCAUCAAUCACACAGAACUCAUCCAAGCACACUGUCUGUGAUUGGAACGUAAAUGUUACUGGACUGUUAGCUGGGAGCUGUUUAACUGAACGGAAUGUACAUGAGUGAUGGUAGAUGGAACAAAAAAAAAGAGAAUAUGGGGCUACUCUCAGGCUUCUUUGAGUGUACAAAGCUGUAAAUAUCCUCAGCCAAAAAGGAGAGGUGCAUUUAUUUAUAAAAGGGAAGAAAUUAAUAUAUCUUUGUACAGUGCUGUGUUGUAGAGUUUAAAAAAUGUGAAAAGGAAUAAAAACAAUUCAGAGAUUGUAGAAAAUUGAAGAGGUUCAGGUUACUGGUUUGAGCAGUUGUUACUGCAUUACAGGGAAUUCUUGAUUGCAUGUUACAUCAUGGGGGUGUAUUCCAUUUCUGAAAAGAGCAUACUGUGUUUUCAACAUGCAUACUUUGUGUGUGUGUAUGUACGUGUGUAUGUGGCUGGGGUGAAUGUCAGUGGGGUAGAAAAUUGCAAAAACUUUGCAAGGAUUUUAUGCUUCUCCUUGCUUACAUUUCUCAGCCACCAGCAAAUGUAGGGCAAAACAUUAUGUAUAUAUUUGGCACAAAAAAAGAAACACACAAGGACAAGUCUCGCCUGGGAUGGGACCCUACCUGGAGAAACCUAUGGAUGAGUGAGAAGAGAUUGGUCAAGUGCUGUUAAGAAUUUAAAUUGAAACAAAAAUACAGAACUGUGGUAAACCUACCUUUCAGAUGGCAGUCUAGCUAAGGGGCUGAGGCAUGUUAUACAGGUUUUUAUAAAAAUGUAACAGGGACUUGAGUCAUGUCUAUUUGAUUUGAGCAGUGUCAGUUACACAGUUACUAAAAUAGGGAUGGCACGGAAAUCGUCAUCAGGAAUCAUUUACAUACUUUGCACUAGUGUUCCCAACAAUUUGCACAGGACUGGACAUGAUAUAUUGCUUUACAACAAUACCUUGUAAUUGCCUUAUUUCAGACCUAAGCAAAAAAAAAAAAAAAAAUUCAAUAUGACAUGGAGGGUUUUUUUUGGUAACAAACUUCAAAUUUGACUAUUUCUCAAGAUAUGGGAUCCAGAAGAUUAGACAAAAAAGGCAAGGAUUUGGGAGAAAAAACACCUUAAAGGGAAUUAACAAAGACUACAGUUUCAGGUCACUGUUAUUAUUUUACUAUUUUACUUUCAAAGAGACAA